AUGGUAACGGCCACAACGACUUCCAUUAUCAGCGAGGACCGUACAAGGGGUGCUGAUAUUCUGAAGAAGGCCAAAGAUGAAUUCCCGACACCUGAAUCCACUGUGGUAAAGAAAAGACGUCUUUCAAGUGUAAGCUCGGACUCUGAAGUGGUUGAGAAAAGUUUCAAGAAACAGCAAAAGAAAUCACUAAAUCUUUCCGCUCCUUUACUUGAAAGAUCAAGAUCGCAAUCCGCUUUGGUGAUUACGCACUUUGACGAUCCUUAUGAUUUGAACAAGGAACACCCCUAUCCAGAACUAAGACCAUAUGAGGUUCUCAUAAAAAAUAAGGUUGUUGGUUUGAAUCAUGUUGACUGGAAGGCCAAGAAAUUCAAAUUUGCAAUUUACUCAUUUCCUUGGGUGAACGGGAGAGAAAGUAGUGGAGUUGUAGUAUCGCAUGGAACAAAGGUGGAUGACACUAAGCUUCCAGUUAAUCAGAGAGUAUUUAUUGUAAGCACCAGCUAUAGAGACAUUCGUACCAGCACAUUCCAAGAAUACACAGCAAUAGACUCAAGGCUAGUUUGGAAACUCCCAGGGAGUUUUUCAUUCGAAAAUGGUGCAACCAUUGGAGUUGGUUUGGUUACAUCUGGUAUGGCCUUCCAUUCUUGGGGAUAUGCAAGUUCAAAUGAUAGGAUAGAAAAGAAUUCCAAAACUAUGUUAAUUUGGGGAGGAUCGUCUGUUGUUGCACUUUACGCAAUGCAGUUUGCUAAAUAUUUUGGAUUCAAAGUGGUUUCUAUUGCCAGUGAAAAGAAUGCAGAGUACAUCAAAUCUUUUGGUUGUGACCUUGUGGUUGACAGGCACUUAGGCUUUGAAAAGAUUGAGGAAAUCAUUCAUUCAGAGGUCAAACAUAUUGAUUAUGCAUUGGAUUGUGUUUCCAGGGAGACUUCGGAGUUAUCAUUGAAGCUCAUUCAAAAAGUCAACGGAGAAGACGAUGACUCUAAAUCGUAUUUUAUACCACUUGUCGCAAAACCAAAAGCUGAAAUACCAAAGAAUGUUCAAAUGGAAGAAGUCUUUAUAAAAAAGUUCCACGAAGACAUUAAACUGGGAGAAGAGUUUGUUAACUUUUCGACUUCAUUGUUUGAAAAUGGCAACCUCAAACCUGUAAGGCAUAGAACAUUUCAUGGAGGUUUAAAGGGCAUUGUAGAUGGGUUAUUGCAAUUAGAAGAGAAAGGUGCGAGCGCAGAGAAAUAUGUUGCUUCAUUCUAA